CACAGCUUAUAAUAAAAGCAGCAAACAACUCGUCCACCAUUUUUCCCUUUCCUCGACGUCAACAAACUCUUUAAUUUUUCUAAAUAAUAUAAAAGUCAAAAUUUCCAGUGUCAUUAAUUAUCUGUAAAUUCAUCUAACCGAGAACUGAUCACCCAAAAAAAGUCUCGUGUCCCUAGAAAUCCUAAAAACUCUUGUAACUCUGGCCCUUGGUAUGAAGCGCGACCGUCUCCCCACCAGCAGCAGUCCCCCAACGACCCAGUCGCAACAAAGCAUGAGCAAACGGUCAAGAGUUGGGCGCUACUCGAACAACAACGAUGCCGACUCGAACAGUGAUGGCGACUCGCCGCUGGAUAAUACCACGAGCGGAAGCGUGAGGCGGCAUCACCACUCGUCCAGCAGAAGUGGGAGGAGGGACUCGAGCCCAGUGUCGAGUUCUGGGAGGAGGUACAAUAAUGAAGAGUACGGCGCUGGUGGGUCUUCGAGAAGAUAUAAAGAUCACCGAUCCAGUGGACCACUUCCCCCAGGCGUUCUCCCUCCACCCUCCACCCCAUCGACGACCACGUACCCGUAUAAAGUCCUCUGUAUGUCGAAACUGCACCAGAAAGCGAGUGACGAUUUUAUCCGUGACACCCUCUACAGAGAAUUUAAACGAUAUGGCGACAUUUCUGUGAAAGUGGUUAAUGAGCCGGACGAGCGGGUGGCGUACGUCUAUUUUCGAUCAGCGGAGGACGCGAGAGAAGUGAAACAUUCGAAAACAGCAAUUUAUAUUUAUGACCGGGCCGUCAAGGUGGAAGCCGCCUACGAAUCCGCACCUGGUGGGAGUGGAGGUGGAGGAGGAGGAGGAGGAAUGGCACCAUCGUAUGGGAGUAAACCACACCAUCAACAGCAACAUCAUCAUCACGAGUAUGACAAGUAUGGUGGUGGUGGUGGUGGUAGUGGGAGUAGGAGCUUCCACAGGUCACCUCCGACCUAUCAUGAUACCCGGCGAGAUGAUCGCGGAGGCGGCGGCGGUGGGGGUUAUGAUCGAUAUAAUGAUGGAAGAAUGCCACCACAACAAAUGCAUCAUUAUAAUAAUGAUCGCGGAUAUAAUGGGCGAGGCGGCGGAGGUGGAGGCGGCGGUGGAGAUUAUCGACAACAACAACACCAUCAGCCGUAUGGGAGAUAUCCACCAGGUCCACAAUCUCACCACCAUUCAGGUCCACCCCCACCGAUGCAUCACCACCAUCAACCAAUGUCACACAGUGGAGGUCCACCCCCACUUGGGCCACCACGCGGCCAUCAUCAUCAACCACCUCCUCCGAUGCAUAUGGAUCAUUCUUCUUCGUCUAUGGGGCCACCACCUCAUCUCGGUGGUGGGCCAGGUGGAGGGCCUGGAGGUCCAUCUCGAUAUGAAAAUAAAAAGGAUAAAUUUCCAAAUUAUUUACAACAUGUGAAUCCUGAAGAAGAUCCACUCGCGACGAGAACAUUAUUCGCUGGGAAUUUAGAAGUUAACAUUACGGAUGAAGAAUUGAGACGGAUCUUUGGACGGUAUGGAAUCGUGGAAGAUAUCGAUAUUAAAAGGCCACCACCGGGAACGGGAAAUGCGUAUGCGUUCGUUAGAUUCGUCAAUUUAGACAUGUCUUCAAGGGCAAAGGCAGAAUUGUCUGGCCAGUAUAUUGGGAAAUUCCAAUGUAAAAUUGGAUAUGGUAAAAUGAAUCCGACAACAAAAAUCUGGGUUGGUGGACUUGGCCCCUGGACAACGUUACCAAUGUUGGAACGGGAAUUUGAUCGAUUUGGAUCCAUUAAAAAGAUUGAUUGGGCAAAUGGGGAAAUUGUUGCGUAUAUAACGUACGAAACUAUCGAUGCUGCACAAGCUGCUGUCAAAGAUAUGCGCGGUUAUCCAUUGGGUGGACCGGAUAAAAAAUUAAGGACUGAUUUUGCCGAUGCUGGUGCACCUCUUGUUGGACAAGGACCAGGAGGGAGUAAUUUUGGGGGUGGGUACGGAGAUGGAGGAGGAAACGGGGAUUUUGAAUAUGGAAAUAAAUUUGGAAAUGGGAAUGGUGGUGGUAGUGGGAGAAGAGAUGAUGACAAAACAGCGUCCCCGCAUUCAUCAAAUGAGUUAGCUUCACCAGGAGGAGUUUCUGAUGAUGGAGAGUCUGGAUCAUUAUCGAGUGCUCGAACUAUUGCUGAAAUUGGCUCUCGAGCUCCAUUAGCUUGGACGGGAGCACUGAUUUUGAAAAAUUCGUCAUUUCCAACCCGAUUCUUCCUCACUGAUGGUGAUCUCGAUGGAAUUGAAUCACUCAUGAAAGAUGAAGAUGGAAAAUUCCAACUUAAAAUUACACAAAGAUUAAAAUUAGAUAAGGCUAAAUUGGAUGACGUUCAGAAACGAAUAACAACAUCCCCAUCUCAUGGAAUAUUUUUAUCCCUCCCAUCCACCACCCCCACUACGAAUUCCAACCUAUCCUCCCCCAAUAAUAACGACAAUAAUGGCGAAGGUGUCGCAGCGCAAUCCCGACCCUUGAGGAAUCUCGUAUCUUAUUUAAAACAGAAAGAAGCCGCAGGCGUAAUAUCACUCGUUAAUCCAAAGGAUAAAACCAUAACCGGAGUUUUGUACGUCUUCCCCCCAUGCGCUUUCAGUUGGGGAUUGUUAAAACGAGGGGUAUCCGGCUUACAAGGAAGUGGCGAAGAGGGUGGAGGGGACUAUUUAGUCGUCGUCGUUAUCAAGGGGGCUACUGCUUAGCUAUAUUAACACGAACCGUGUAUAAAACAAUUAUGACUAAUGAACAAAGAACUAAUGGACGAUGACGAUUUGGAAGAAGUGAAUUUUUUCUAAGAAACAAACUUAACAAUUAUUAACUAAAAAAUUAAUUGUGUGUGACUCUUUUUUGUGUGUAAUAAGGCGGGUAGUAAAGUGUACAUUUUAUUGAUGAUCUAUAUAAAUAGUGGAAUUAUAAAACUAAAUAACUUUGAAAACAAAAUCAUAAAUAAAAAGGGUUCAUUUUCA